AUGGACAAAGCUCCCGGAGUGGUCAUGUUUCCCAAGUUUGACGUUGAGUACGCUCUACCGGAAGGUGGUCUGCAUCUGUCGGGUGACUAUUCUGGCACGUCAGAUGGUCCUAUUCAGAUCAGUAUGGUCUUCCAUAAGGCAGUUCUUGAGGUCAACGAGGAGGGAACUGAAGCUGUUGCAACUACAAGUAUGGUCAUGAACAGAGCCUUUGUGAUGUCGCCAGCAGAUGCAUUCGAGAUGAUAGUCAAUCCUCCAUUCUUUUUCCUUGUCAAGCACAACCCCACUGACCGUAUAGCGUCCUUUAGUCGGAUAAACGACCCUUCUAGUGCCGAUGACGAGACGAGCCGAGUCACUGAGAGUCUGUCCGCUGCGAAAUGUGGUUCUCUUUUGUAG